UCCAGUUGAGUGACUGAAUAGGCUACUUUUUCCACUUAUAAAGAGAGACAAGAGAAAAUGUCAGAGAAGAGAGACACUCCAACUUCUACAUGAACCCGAGAACCAUCACAGCUUUAGAUUCAACGGGGACAUUGAAACUAUUUUAUUACAUAAUAACUCUGUAACAGUCAAUCGGAACCGGUACCGACUGACACUUCAGCUUCAGAGCAACCACUGAUUUGUGUUUGGUAGCCGAAAUUCGGUCUUAGCUACUGAAACCUGGUUGAUUUGAACUAACUGUCAUGUUGUUAGGCCUAUUAGAAUUACAACGGAAAUAUGUAGCACCAUAAUCAGGAUCGAAAUCUGUAGACAAUGAAAGUUGGGUCUUGUGAACAUCCGCGUGAGAGAACUGUCAACAAGUGCGCAUUGCUUCAAAUGCACGAGGUCGCACUGAUCAACCAAAAAGGCAAAUAGUCAACUUGCUCAUUCCGCGACCUCAAUUUCUUUUCAUGGUUUUUGGGCGAUACAAACGACUUUUUCCAAGUUUCAAAAUUGCAUUCAACAAUUGCAACAAAAGCUGCAGCCAUGACCUCGGCCACUCCCCCGUCCUCACGUGGCUCCUCCCCCGAAAAGGUGUGUCACUCAAUGACGCAGACGGAGGUUCUGAAGCCGCUGCUGGGGGCGGUGGGGGAGGCGGAGGCAACGGUCUGUGCGCUCCGACGGAGACGACGCGUUCUCUCCAAGGACGGGCACAGCAACGUGCGCAUCGAGCAUGUGAGCGGGCGCGGGGCGCUGUACCUGCGUGACAUCUGGACGACCUUCCUGGACAUGCAGUGGCGUUACAAGCUCUUCCUGUUCUCGGCCACCUUCGCCGGGACCUGGUUCCUGUUUGGGGUUCUGUGGUACCUGGUGGCGCUGGUGCAUGGAGACCUGCUAGAGUUUGACCCGCCGUCCAACCACACCCCGUGUGUGAUGCAGGUGCAGACCCUAACGGGGGCGUUCCUCUUCUCGCUGGAGUCCCAGACCACCAUUGGCUACGGCUUUCGCUGCAUCACAGAGGAAUGUCCUGCCGCCAUCAUCCUCCUCAUCCUCCAGCUUGUCAUUACCAUGGUUCUGGAGAUCUUCAUCACAGGAACCUUCCUCGCCAAGGUGGCGCGGCCCAAGAAGAGAGGCGAGACAGUGAAGUUCAGCCGGCACGCCGUGGUGUCCAAUCACGAGGGCCGACCCUGCCUCAUGAUCCGAGUGGCCAACAUGCGAAAGAGCCUGUUACUGGGCUGCUCGGUAACAGGGAAGUUGCUCCAGACAUCCCAGACCAAGGAGGGGGAGACGGUGCGACUGGACCAGAGGAACGUUCCCUUCCAGGUGGACAUGUCCAGCGACAGCCCCUUCCUCAUCCUCCCACUCACCUUCUACCACGUCAUUGAUGACAGCAGCCCACUCAGAGCCUGGGCCAUCAAGGGAGGGGGAUGGACGGAUCCGGAUCUGGCAGACUUUGAGCUGCUGGUGAUCAUGAGUGCCACGGUGGAGCCCACCUCCGCCACCUGCCAGGUGCGCACCUCCUACCUGCCUGACGAGAUCCUGUGGGGGUACGAGUUCCCCCCCGUGGUCUCCCUGUCCCCCUCGGGGAAGUAUGUGGCCGACUUCGCCUUCUUUGACAAGGUGGCCAAAACAAAGACCACCCCCCUCGUCAAACAGGCCUCGCCCCCAAGCCCAGCCAUGCGCUCCUCCCUUUACCAUGGCAGCAACAGAGGGGGCGCGGAGGAAGGGGCAGACCCGGAGAAGAUCAAACUGGAGGAGGGCUAUAGAGGGGAUGAGAGGGGGAGGGACAGGGGGCGAGAUAGUAGUCUUCUCAGUGUCCGUAUCAGCAAUGUCUAGAGAGAGAGAGAGAGAGAGCACUAGUAGGAUGCAAUGAGAGAGCAAGGAGACAUGGACAUUGCACAAUUAUCAAGUGAGAAAACAUUAUUGAAUGCAAUAGAGAAGAGCUGCUCCCCUGUUGGGAAACGUGAACACAAAACACACACACUUACACACACAUGCGCUUGUGUUUUGGAUUUGAUGGGAAUGUAUCACCCCUUGUGGUUGAUGAGGAUUCCACAAGCAAUAACCUGGAAAGGGACAACAUACUGUACAUCCGAUCUGGGUUUACUGUACUGUACUCAAAGAUGGACUAAAGGGGCUUUUUAAACUUCAUAUGUCUGUAUUUUUUUUAAUGAAAGUACUUGUGUAACUAUAAAGGUUGACUGGUUUAUGUGAACAUAACAUGGUUUACUUGGACAUAAUCACAGAAUCAUGGUACUGUCUGUUUUUUACACAAAAAGGUACUGGGAGUGGAAGCACUGGAAAACACACUAUUUUUCAUGAAGGAUUUUGACUGAAUAUAUCAUAUUGUAUGUAUGUGUAUUUGUCCCUAUCGAUGCGAACAACGGCAGUACUCAUUCUUCUGAAUAUAUGUUUAGCAGGGCUGGGGUAAAUUACGUUUUAAUUCCAGUCAAAAAAGUAAAGUAAACCAAAUUCCAAAUCCAAAUGGUCCUUCUUGAAAAGCAUUGAAAAUAAUUGUCAUUUCAGUGUACAUCCUCAAUUGUCUGGCAUUGAAAUGGAAUUGACACCAA